AUGGAUAAAUUUGGUACUUCUUUUCAAUCUGUUGAAGGGCCAACAGAUGGACCUAAUCUAAAAAAUGCCAGAUUAGUGGGAGUAUAUAUUGGUGCUAAAUGGAGUUAACCAUGUUAAAGAUUUACUCCAUCAUUGAGUAAUUAAUUAAGUUAUUGAACAGUUGAAUUUUACACAAAAAUAAAUGAAGACAUUUAAUAAUUAGAAAUAAUUUAUAUAGGAAUGGAUGAGAAUGAAGAGAAAUAUAAGGAGACAGUGAGUGAUAUGCCUUGGUUAUUUUAUGAUUUUAAAGAAUUUGUAAAGUAUUAAGUAUAUUAUGAAUAUAAAAAACAUAUAUAAGGUAUUUUAUAAAAAAUAUAUAUAGGUAUACCUUGUUUACUUAUUUUGAAUCCUAAUAAUGGUUAAGUGAUCACAAAUCAAGGGAGAGGGACUAUAGAAAAAGAAGGUUAAGGAGCUUUUGAGAAAUGGUUAACUCAGAUGAGCUUCAAAUGA